UGUCCACCCAAUAUAAGGCGCCUUCCACAACAAAACCCAUAUAAAUGUGGAGUAUUGUCCAGACGACUCGCCGACGGCGUGGAUGACAGGGCCGGACAACACCGCGCCGACGACCGACACUACCAGCGCCUACCGACAUCCGAGAAGCCCCGUCAUACUACACGUUCGUAAACAAGCGCCGCGUAAACUGCGGAGCUCGUCAACAAGCACCGAUGGUUGGUGCUGCGAGGCUGGGGGUCUGCUGCCGCAGGGCACGCACCCUUACAAGCAAGAGUAGAAGUAGGAACAGGAGUAACUACUGCUUCUCUAAUGGAACUCACUUCGCAAUCUACUUUGCAGCGCGCAAACGUCAUAAUAAAACGGUUAUCAGUUCAAUCGGAUUUUUUUAUUAUAA